CACUGUCAUGGGUCCCUACCGAAGCGCCCUGCACCCUCUAUCUCUCCUGGUACAGCUGGUGGCCCUUGAUCAGGCCCUGGCCUUGGGCACUCUACCCGCCUUCUUGCCCUGUGAGCUGCAAGGUCACGGCAAAGUGAACUGUGACUGGUUGUUCCUGACAUCCGUGCCUCGCUUCUCUGAGGCAGCCCGGGCCAACAUCACCAACCUGUCCUUGAUCUCCAACCGCAUCCACCACCUCCAUGAUUCAGAUUUUGCCCACCUGCCCGGCCUGCGGCACCUGAACCUCAAGUGGAACUGCCCACCUGUGGGCCUCAGCCCCCUGCACUUCCCCUGCCACAUGACCGUCGAGCCCAACACCUUCCUGCGCCUGCCUCUCCUGGAGGAGCUGAACCUGAGCUACAAUGGCCUCACCCGGGUGCCGCCCAUGCCCAGCUCCCUCGUGACCCUGAUCCUGAGCCGCACCAACAUCCUGAAGCUCGACCCCACGUUGCUGGCGGGCUUGUCUUCCCUGCGAUCUCUCUACAUGGAUGGCAACUGCUACUAUAAGAACCCCUGCUCAGGGGCUGUGGAGGUGCCCCCGGGAGCCCUUCUGGGCCUGGCCAACCUCACCUACCUGUCACUCAAAUACAACAACCUCACAGAGGUGCCCCGUGACUUGCCCCGCAGCCUGGAGACGCUGCUUCUCUCCUACAACCGCAUCAUCACCCUGGAAUCCGAGGACCUGGCCAACCUGACGGCACUAAGGGUGCUGGAUAUCGGUGGCAACUGCCGUCGCUGCGACCAUGCCCUCAACCCCUGCACCGAGUGUCCCAAGGGCUUCCCUCGCCUGCACCCCGACACAUUCAGCCGCCUGAAAAACCUGCAGGGCCUGGUGCUCAAGGACAGUUCUCUCGUCAGCCUGGAGCCCAGAUGGUUCCAGAACCUGAGGGCCCUCAUCAAGCUGGACCUGAGCGAGAACUUUCUGUACAACUGCAUCACCAACACCACGGCCUUCGACAGCCUGCGUCGGCUGCGCAAGCUCAACCUGUCCUUCAACUACUGCAAGAAGGUGUCCUUCGCCCACUUGCACCUAGCCCCGUCCUUUGGGAAGCUGCUGUCCCUACAGGAGCUCGACAUGCAUGGCAUCUUCUUCCGCUCACUCAGUGAGAAGACGCUGCAUCCGCUCAUCCACCUGCCUUGGCUGAAGCAACUGCAUUUGCAGAUGAACUUUAUCAACCAGGCCCAGCUCAGCAUCUUCGGCAGCUUCCAGGACCUGCUUUUUGUGGACCUUUCAGACAAUAGGAUCAGCGGAGCUGCAUCACUUCCAGAGGCCGCCACCUCUAACUUAGAGGGCCAGGAGGAGUUCCAACUGCCCCCCAGGGCCCUGACUCCAGUCCCCCAGCCCCUGGAGGAUGCAGAGCUGUUCAUGCCGAGCUGUAAAUCCCUUAACUUCACGCUGGACCUGUCCCGCAACAACUUGAUAACCAUCCAGGCUGAGAUGUUUGGGGGGCUCUCGCGCCUGCAGUGUCUGCACCUGAGCCACAACAGCAUCGCGCAGGCUGUCAACGGCUCGCAGUUUGCACCCCUGAGCAACCUGCGGGUGCUGGACCUGUCACACAACAAGCUGGACCUGUACCACGGACGCUCCUUCACCGAGAUGCCCAAGCUGGAGGCUCUUGACCUCAGCUACAACAGCCAGCCCUUCAGCAUGCAGGGCGUGGGCCAUAACCUCAGCUUCGUGGCCCGCCUGUCCACCCUGCGCUACCUGAGCUUGGCACACAACGACAUCCACAGCCGGGUGUCGCAGCGGCUCUGCAGCGCCUCGCUCCUGGCCCUGGACUUUAGUGGCAAUGACCUCAAUCGCAUGUGGUCUUUAGGAGAACUCUAUCUCCAUUUCUUCCAAGACUUGCGCGUCCUGCGUCGGCUGGACCUGUCUCAGAAUCAACUUCAUAACCUUCUGCCGAGCAGCCUUGACAACCUCCCCAAGACCCUGCAGCUGCUGCGCCUCCGGGACAACUUCUUGUCCUUCUUCAACUGGACCAAUCUGGCCUUCCUCCCCAGCCUGGUCACCUUGGACUUGGCGGGAAACCAGCUGAAGGCCCUGACCAACGGCAGCCUCCCCAACAACACCAGGCUGCAGACUCUGGACCUCAGCAGCAACAACAUUAUCUUCGUGACUCCUGACUUCUUUGUCCCUGCCCAGGAAUUGCGAAACCUCAACCUCAGCGACAACAACCUCAAGACAGUGGAGCCCUCCUGGUUCGGUGCCAUUGCAAUGAACUUGAAGAUGCUGGACGUGAGUGACAACCCUCUGCACUGUGCCUGUGGCGCUGCCUUUGUGGACUUUCUGCUGGAGGUGCAGGACGCUGUGCCUGGACUGGCCAACCAGGUCAAGUGUGGCAGUCCCAGGCAGCUGCAGACACGCAGCAUCUUCACCCAGGACCUGCGCCUCUGCCUGGACGAGACCCUCUCUUGGGACUGUUUCAGCCUCUCACUGCUGGCUCUGCUCCUGGGCCUGGCCCUGCCCCUGCUGCACCAUCUCUGCGGCUGGGACUUCUGGUAUUGCUUCCACCUGGGCCUGGCCUGGCUGCCCCUGGGACGGCGGCCUGGUGCUGGGGCCUUGCCCUACGAUGCUUUCGUGGUCUUCGACAAAACACACCCAGAUGUGGCUGACUGGGUGUACAAUGAGCUGCGUGUGCGACUGGAGGAGCGCCGUGGACGCCGGGCCCUCCGGCUGUGUCUGGAGGAACGAGACUGGGUUCCAGGCAAGAGUCUGUUUGAGAACAUGUGGGACUCCGUGUACAGCAGCCGCAAGUCGCUCUUCGUGCUGGCACACACCGAUCGGGUCAGUGGCUUGGUGCGUGCCAGCUUCCUGCUGGCCCAGCAGCGCCUGCUGGAUGACCACAAGGACGUGGUGCUGUUGGUCAUCCUCAGCCCCGAGGGGUCCCGCUCCCGCUAUGUGCGUUUGCGCCAGCGCCUCUGCCGCCAGAGUGUCCUCCUCUGGCCCCACCAGCCCAGUGGCCAGGUCAGCUUCUGGGCCCAGCUGGCCAUGGCCCUGACCAGGGACAACCGCCAAUUCUACAACAAGAACUUCUGCCGGGGUCCCAUCCCUGCCUGAUGUCACAGGGUUUGA